AUGACGUUGUUAAGUGUCGUUGUGCUGUUUCCUCAGCAUUGCCAGCCGUGUCGCAUCCAGCGCUGCAACACCGACUACGUGGCUGCCACCUCUCCUGUGGCUGAGGACGUGUUGCCCCACGUGGACUACUGCAUCGUCCUGCGAGCGUACUCCCUUUGCACCAGGCGGAUGGCCCGGUCAUGCCGCGGGGACCUGGUGUAUCACUCCGCCGUCUUCCGGAUCAAAGAACUCUUUGGACAGCGCAACUGCUCCAGCGAUGGGCCCACAUCUUCCGCCAGGGCCCCCGGCCCCAUGGACCCCCUGGUUUCCGAGGCCUGCAACUACCAGGCCAGGUCUGGUUUCCACGCCAAAUUCGCCCACUGCGGGCUCUUCGGGGACCCCCACUUGAGGACGUUUAAGGAUGAAUUCCAAACCUGCAAAGUGGAAGGUGCCUGGCCGCUCAUAGACAAUCGGUACCUGUCGGUCCAGAUGACCAAUGUCCCCGUGGUUCUGGGUUCCAGUGCCACCGCCACCAGCAAGAUCACACUGAUUUUCAAGAGUUACCUUGGCUGUACUGAGCAGAAGGUCUACCAGGCAACUCCUGAGGACUUGCCGUUGGCCUUCAGUGACGGCACGAGGACGGGCGGCUUGAAGGAAGGGGCGGGCAGCCUGUGCAUUUUGGGGAAGCCCGGGGCCAAGCAAGUAGAGAUCCAGGCCCGCUACAUUGGCAGCACCGCCAUCAUCCGGCAGGUGGGCCGGUACCUCACUUUCGCCAUCCGGGUCCCGGAAGACACACUGGGCGGCUCCGAGGAGAGCUCUGGCCUCCAGCUCUGCCUCCACGGCUGCCCCCGCAACGAGCUGAUCCGGGUGCACCGCCUGGGCUUGGCUAGCUCCCGGCGGACCUACACGGCCGAAUCCGCCGCCCAGCAGUGCAGCCGUCUCUUGCGUGUGGAGGACGUCUACUUCCAGUCCUGCGUCUUUGACCUCCUCACAACGGGCGAUCCGGAGUUCUCAAUGGCGGCUUACGGGGCUCUUGAAGACAUGAAAGCUCUCUACCACGACAGGCUCAAACUGCAGUCCGUCUCCAAAACACUUACUUCCGCCAGCGCUUCUGGUUUUGACAAUCCAAGAGAGCAAUAA